GGCGAUUGAAACAACGGCUUUGAUGCACCCACAAGUUACUUUUAUUCUUGUAGACGCGUCGACAGACAGCAAAAUAAUUACCACAAGAAAGACAACGUCAAAUAUUUCCACGUUUCGUCAACUUUUUGGAGGCUUUCUAGCACAGGAUCUUGAACCCGUCUAUGCCGAAGAUGGUCAUGUUAAACUGGAUGGAUUUAUCUCCCUAAAAGGAUAUCACACAAAGCUUCAUCAAUAUUUUUAUGUCAAUAAACACUUUAUUGCACACAACGAACUCUAUAAAUUAACAGAGGAUUAUUUUAAUAAAAGUAAUUUUGGAAAAAAAUUUCACGAUGAGAUGUCUUUGGAUUUGGGAUGCGCAUAUCCAAACAAGUCAAGGAAAAACGAGACAAGAAUUUUUGAUAAACAUCCUAUUUUCCUCAUUAAUCUAACUUGCCCAACGAGCGACUACGAUCUUUUUCUAGAUCCAACCAAAAACGUAAUAGAGUUUGAGAACUGGCCAAAAAUCUUGGAUCUUUUGUCUAAGCUGAUCUCGCAGUUUUUGGUGCGUCACGGAUUCUUAACGGGAGACGCGUUUAAAUCUCAGGCGUCACACAUCGUUGCUUCAACACCAUCUGCUAAAUUGUCUAGGACAAGAAACCAUCAAGAUUUGCCCUUAACAUUUGAAGAGUUGACACAUAUCAAAAUUGGUGGUCGACAUCAGUAUAUAUUUCUAGAUGAAGAAUUAAAAGGCGGCAUGAGUAGAUCAUCCUUCACAAGUGUUCCCAAGGCUGAUGAGAGAUGUGCGGGUAUCGAAUGUCUAUCGAGAAAAAAUACCAGAGAAACGAGCGUCAUUAAAAUUAAUGAAAAUGAAUAUGCACAGUGGACUGAUUCUUCUAGUAAACGUGAUUUCUACGUGGAUUUGCGCACGGGAAAUUCCUAUAAAAAAUUACCUCAGCAAUCCACGUCUAGUGUCGGUACGACAGCAAGAAUAGAUCGAAGUCGGUUGCGAACGUCAAAUAAUGCACCUACAAACGCGACGUUAUGGGCUAAAGAGGCUUUCGAGAGUUGGAACAACCCUGUUUUCAAAUGUGAUGAGGUUCCAAUGCCUUGUUUGCAAGACGCAAUCGCAGGUGACAAGUCUGCAUAUAAAAACAACGUUUUCGCGUCGAAAGAUGCGUUGCGUUCAUGCGUUUUGGGACAUCGAUUCAACAAACAAGACAUCGCAAGAGCUGAGGUCAUUGGUCAAUUUGAUAAUAAGUUUAUUGUUUGCAAAUUACCUUGUUCUCAGGAUAGAGAACGAGAUUUUGAUGCCUGCAAACAAUACACGAAAUAUAUAUUGGUUCUCGUUGAUCAACACGCAGCUGAUGAACGCGUUCGUGUUGAGACGUUAAUGAAAGAAUUCUGUGACUUUAAUAAUAAAUAUCAAACGCAGCCUGAAGUUUCUUCUUUAGUAGAAACAAUUCAAGCGAAACCACCAAUUAAGAUUAUAUUGACUAUUAGAGAAAUGCAGGUGGUCAAGAAAUUUGAAGCAAAUUUUAACAAUUGGGGGAUUUUUUUUAGCGACAGAGUCGAUUCGAGACAAAAUACACAACUCGGUAUCUCAAUCUCGACGCUAAUAUCAUCACGUUUUGACAAUGAUCAUUCAUAUAUUUAUGUGACGCAUGUCCCUAGAAUGAUUGCUGAUCGUUGUGUGUCUGAUUCACGAGUAACGCAAGAAAUAAUACGUCAAUAUUUGUAUUGGUUGGAAGGUGCGGGUAUGUUUGAAAUGUGUCUGGGAGAUGACGGAAGAAGAGAUUGGACGAAAAUGAUAAGCAAAUGUCCCAGGGGAAUAUUGGACAUCAUCAACUCAAAGGCUUGUCGAGGUGCCCUCAUGUUUAAUGACCGACUGACACUGCAACAAUGUAAAGAACUGAUAGCAAAACUUGCUUUGUGCAAUUUCCCCUUUCAAUGUGCGCACGGGAGACCCUCCAUUAUUCCCCUUAUAUAUUUAGAUGAAUUCACAGAACACUCUUCAAAUAGUCGAUAUUCUAGCAAAACGGGACACAGUGGUGAUUCGCGAACUAUCAAAUCUUCGGUUACAAUAGACCGCCAUAAAAUUAACUUGGAACGAUUUAGGAAAUAA